GGAACGCGGCAGAGCGGCUGAGGCUGUGCAGCCACCACCGGAGCCGUUUGGGCAGCACACGGGGCGAAGAUGGCGGCCGAGAGGCAGGAGGCGCUGAGGGAGUUCGUGGCCGUGACGGGUACCGAGGAAGACCGGGCUCGCUUCUUCCUUGAGUCGGCCGGCUGGGACCUGCAGAUCGCCCUGGCGAGCUUUUAUGAGGAUGGAGGCGAUGAAGAUAUUGUGACCAUUUCGCAGGCAACCCCCAGUUCAGUGUCCAGAGGCACAGCCCCCAGCGAUAAUAGGGUAACAUCCUUCAAAGACCUCAUUCAUGACCAAGACGAGGAUGAGGAUGAGGAAGAGGGCCAGAGGUUUUAUGCCGGAGGCUCAGAGAGAAGUGGACAACAGAUUGUUGGCCCUCCCAGGAAGAAAAGUCCCAACGAGCUGGUGGACGAUCUAUUUAAAGGUGCCAAGGAACACGGAGCCGUAGCUGUGGAACGAGUGACCAAGAGCCCUGGAGAGACCAGUAAACCAAGACCAUUUGCAGGGGGUGGCUACCGCCUUGGGGCAGCACCAGAGGAAGAGUCUGCGUACGUGGCAGGAGAAAGGAGACGGCAUUCCGGUCAAGAUGUUCAUGUAGUGUUGAAGCUCUGGAAGAGUGGAUUCAGCCUGGACAAUGGCGAACUCAGAAGCUACCAAGACCCAUCUAAUGCCCAGUUUCUGGAGUCCAUCCGCAGAGGGGAGGUGCCAGCAGAGCUGCGGAGGUUAGCUCACGGUGGGCAGGUGAAUUUGGACAUGGAGGACCAUCGAGACGAGGAAUUUGUGAAGCCCAAAGGAGCCUUCAAAGCCUUCACUGGCGAGGGUCAGAAACUGGGCAGCACUGCACCCCAGGUGUUGCAUACCAGCUCUCCAGCCCAACAAGCAGAAAACGAAGCCAAAGCCAGCUCUUCCAUCUCAAUCGACGAGUCACAGCCUACCACAAACAUCCAAAUACGGCUUGCCGAUGGUGGGAGGCUGGUGCAGAAAUUUAAUCACAGCCACAGGAUCAGCGACAUUCGACUCUUCAUUGUGGAUGCCCGGCCAGCCAUGGCUGCCACCAGCUUUGUCCUCAUGACUACCUUCCCGAACAAAGAGCUGGCCGAUGAGAACCAGACCCUUAAGGAAGCCAACCUGCUCAACGCCGUCAUCGUGCAGCGGUUAACAUAACCGCCUGGCCUUGCCGGGCGGCCUCGCCUUCCUCCUGUGCUCCCCACGGCCAGCUGCCCCGUGGGGACCGCCCCUCAAGCCCCUUCUUGAACACCCAGCAGUCCAGUGCCACGUCUCCUCCGUAGCUCUGGGUUCUUAGAUCUCAGUUGGACAUUUGUUUUCUCUUUAGUUGCAUUUCCUGGGUUUUUGUGACGAUCAAUGGACUUUAAAGAAAAAAAUAAAAACAACCAAAAAAAUGGAAGGAAUAUCACCAGCAUGUUAUACAGAACCUCUCCCACUGAAGUAGGCUUUGAUUGCUUUAAAGUCAUUUACCUCCAGGGCGUGCAUAAAAAUUGCUUGUGGCACACAAUACCUAUCUACUACGUGUGUCCACCUGCCACCCCCAUGAUGACAACUGGAGGAUUUCCCCCUUUAUAAGGAAGGAAGUGGGGGACUUACAGAAAGAGGCUUUGCAGCCACUUACUCCCAUAGGAAUAAAUCUCUGCCCAGAUGAAAACAGGCAGCAAUGAGAGUCCCCUGAGGUGUGAGGUCAGAGCUAGAUGCACAUGAUCCCUUCAGGUGAAAAAUACUUCCCUGGGCUCCUUUCACUCAAACCUGGGAAAUUCGAGUUUCCAGGCCUGGGCCAGUUGAGAUUCUAGUGACACCUGCCAGUGCCAGCCCCAGCCCUUUCCUCCCUCAUCACCUAGUGAUUCUCAGUUGCUCUGUCAUGGGUUUACUCAUGUGCAGAAAUGUGUACCUAAGGAAUAGGUGGGGUAGCUUUUCAUUGGGUAACGGCUCCUGCCAACCUGAGUGAGUUAGGGUAUCUUGGUGAGAAACAAUCAAGGUAUCAUUGAGCUAUUCAAUAACACAUGAAAAAUGUUGAAGGAGCGGGGGUUCCUGUGCUACCAGCACUUUUUACUUUGUUAGCAUUUGCAGGAGGCCUGUACUGAGUAAAUUUUGGCAGUAAGAGUAAGGUCUGUGCUUGGCUUUGGUGUGCAAAUCUGCCUCACAGUUGUUCUCUGCCCUGCUGAGUUCCAACUUACAGCAAUUCGGGCCGCCUGGUAGAGACCCCCUCCCCCAUAAAUAAGUGCUUUUUGUGUGUGUGUGCAAGUUUGGGAGAGGAGGAUCACUGGGAUCUUGGAAGCCUUUCCACCUCUCUAUUAAGUGAACCACUGACUUAGAAUCAACACUGACUCAGAAUCUCCUGGUUUUGAAUCAUAACGUGCCUCAGUCCUCUUUCCAAGCAGCCCUCACCAAUCACUCCUGCUUCACAUCCUGCAACAAGCCAAGAACCAACACUACUUAUACCCAGAGUUGGGGAACUCCUUGGAUUUCAACCAAGAGCCAUCUUGAAAAAGGGACACAGCUUGGUGCUUCUGAUCCCAAACUGGCAGGGGCCUGCCAGGGCUGCAGCAUCUGCCACAAGCGUGUCCUCCAGCAGGUCGCAGCAACUGUGGAAACAAUGCAGGUCUGGAAAAGCUGUAAAUUAUUGUCACCUUGACCAUUAAAAACCAGAAUAAGGACAGUGGAGUUUGAUACUUUCUGAUGGAUUGCUUUGAAGAGUUUAUGUAAUAACAGCAGCUAUUGUAAGUACUUCAGUGCCUCACAAUGGUCCCAUUUCACAGUGCAAAACCUAAAGCCCAGCUCUCGCACAGCUGGGUAAGUGGUAAGGUCUGCCUGCUUCCAAAGCCCGUGCUCUUAAUUGCCAUGCCCUGUGUAUAUACACUUUGUCCCCAGCCCCAGCCUUGCACCCAUACACUCAACCCCCUCCCACCCCACUUCAGGGUUGCUCCUUAAGUUAUUAGUACACACCAGAAGAGAUCACAAAAACACCACUUACAACCUGCACGUCUAGAAAAUCACAAAGGCCUGUUGGGAUUCCCACCCACCACGGUUAAGACGAGCUGGGUGUGUCCGGCCCAAGGUCAGAGGGCAUGUCUGCUGUGGAGCCAGGCAUCUCACUGGCACUGCAUCCAGUCUGGGUGAGGACGUUUUCGGUCCUGGUCCUCUCUGGGUGGUCCGGAGAGAAAGCGUUCAUCCACCCAGAUCGGCUUUCACAGAUUUUCCUUUGUUUUAGAAAGCAUACUCAGCCACUGGUUCUGGGGCUUCUGAAUUCAGGGCAUUCAUCCUCAGCUGAGGCAUUUUGUUAGUUGGUGGACACAUUUUGGAUCCUCUCAAAAAUUGCUUGGCAGAUAAGGGAACCUCCUGGAGUUAAAUAGGCCAGGCCAAGAGCAUAGUGCAAUGUAUGGGACAUGUCCUAAUGGAAAGAGCCAGAAUUUACAGUGACAAAGGCAAAUUAGUUGUGAUGAUGCCCUUUCUAAGAAGCUCAGCUAAACUAGUCCCUCUUUUAGUGUCCCUGCUUGGUCUUGUAAACCACACCAUGCCAAACAACCUUAUAGGUAUAGUUGGGGCAUAUCUGGUCGCUUCUUCAGAAGAUGGCCACUGGAGGAGGCCGACGUGUGCAGCAGGAGAGAAGCAUAACUUCGUGGCUUUGAGUGGCAUUGCCAAAGCACCCCCAGAGGGGCAAUGUCCUUUUGUGUGCCCACCAGCAGUUCAAAGCAUGUGGGUCACCACCAGGAACUCUUUAAAGCUGACUGAGCUUAUUCCAUGGAAGCAACUGGUACAGAAGUGUGGGUUCCCUGCUGCUCUGUAGCCCAACCACUAGGAUUUUCAGAAGAACUGCUGUCAGGACUUCUCCCUUCCAGGGCCAAAUAAAAGAAGUUCUUUUAAAAUAGGUUUACAUCUGUGUCAUGGUCUGUAGCUGUGGCCUCCCAUUCCCACCCCCCACACACUCCCAGGUCCACUCUUUUCUCAGGCCAGGACAGAGAAGCAGAGCAGAAAACACAUUGUUGACUUCUAGUGUCCAAUCUGGUCCAGGCUGAGCUGUGUGGCUGCAUCUCUCCUCACCGCGCGUCCAGUCUGUUGACAAGUUCCCAAGGUCCUCCUGCUAAUGCAUCCCAAACCCAGCCCCUCAUCAUCCCUCCCCC